GAAAUUGUAACAACUUCACGGUGGUGUGGUGUUUUCCGUGGAGGAUUUGCAGCCCGCGGGGAAAGAAAAAACCCUCGUUAUCAGUGGUUUUUAUCAGAAAUUGCACAUGUUAAAGUGAUUGAGCGUGACGGACGUCAAGUGGGACGACGAUCAGUGCAAAACUGGCUACUGUAUGAGCAUUCCAGUUAGUGAAAAUAGCAACAAACACGAGGCGUGUGAAAGCUCAAAGAUGGACAGCAUACGCAAGGAGUGGGAAGAAUUGGCCACGGAAUACAAAGAUCUAGAGACCGUCAAUCAGAACUACUUGGAACUCCUGGAGGGCCUCGAGGGCUUGCAGCAGAAAUGCCAGAAGGACAUCAAACACCAGCGUUACAGGAUGAACCAGAUCACUAUCAACAUGAAGAAGCUCUCAAAGCAAAAUCCAGUAGCACCAGAGUAUCAAGAGGUAUCGGCUGAGAUUGAGAAGGGGAUGAUGAAGAGAAAGGCUCAAUUGCAUGAAAUUGAACAGACUCUACCGAAGGAAAAUGGGUUGUAUUUGAAAAUCAUUUUGGGUAAUGUGAAUGUGUCGAUUCUCAAUAGAAACGACAAAGUACGAUAUAAGGAUGACUAUGAAAAAUUUAAAUUGAUUCUCAAUGUAAUUGGACUGUCUAUGGCUCUUCUCAAUCUUGUUGUGAACUACAGAGCCCUAGAAUUGGCCUUUAUGUUUCUUUUGGUUUGGUAUUAUUGCACUCUGACGAUCCGGGAGUCUAUUCUUAAGGUCAAUGGCUCAAGGAUUAAAGGAUGGUGGAGGACACAUCAUUUUAUAUCAACUGUUUCUGCGGGUGUUUUGCUGGUAUGGCCACAAGGAGAACCCUGGCAACUUUUCCGUAGUCAAUUCAUGUACUUCAACGCCUACAUAAGUAUGGUUCAAUACUUACAAUUUCGAUAUCAAAAGGGUGUUCUCUAUAGGCUCAAAGCCCUCGGAGAAAGGCACAAUAUGGACAUUACAAUUGAGGGUUUCCACACGUGGAUGUGGAAGGGAAUUGGUUUUCUCUUACCUUUCCUCUUCAUCGGCUACAUUUUCCAAGCUUACAAUGCUUGGGUCCUCUACAAACUCUCCCUCCAUCCCGACGCCACAUGGCAGAUUCCCAUGAUGAGUUUCUUGUUUUUGAUUCUCUUCAUUGGCAACACUACAACUACGAUGCUCGUGGUGCCGCAGAAGAUGAGGGAACGUGCCAAGGAACGAUACAGGCUCAAGAGCUUAUCCUGGGCACUCAAGAUUAGAGAUCAAAUAAAGGGUGACAAGAGGAAAGCGUCGCAAAAGUCAUCACCAGGUGAUUCCAGUGAGAAGAAGAGUGAUUAGGCUAAAUUUCAAAUGGGGACAGGGAAUUGCAGAAAAUCAUGAGAAAGUGCAUUGGUGGUAAAGUAAAACAAUAUUUUCUUCAAGUUUUUUUUGUUUUGUUUGUAUUUGAAAUGGAAAAAGGAGAUAUAAAAAAAAACAAGAAGAAUACAUAACUUUUCAAAGUACAAA